AUGAGGCGGCGGGCGUCACGCGUGCGUCCUACCAACACUCAUGACGGCACCAACAGUGGCCGGUGUCAGUCACGCUACGCCCGCCAGGCCCCGCUCUGCCUCCUGCUGCUGCUGCUGCUGUUUCUACUGCUGCUGCUGGUGUCCAGACCCGUGCGCCUCGACCUGCGGCCAGACCCACCAUCACUCAUUAUUCUGCUGAGGAACCUCACCCCCUCCCUAGCUGGCUCUCCGGUGCACCGUGCCACCCUUCCACACUGGCACCAGCCUCCUUGUUCCCUGUCUCCCAUCCUCUCUGUCCCUUACUUCCCCGCCCCGCCUGGCCCUCGUCCUGCACCGAUCACCGCCACCGCCGCCUCACGCCCGUCUCCAGAGUGCAUCCUGAAACAGUUCUGCGCCGCACCUCCAUCACUCUCACGAGGCUCUGCGUACCUGAAGCUACACGGAAUCCAAUGGACGGGCGGCACCAGCGCGCCUCCACGCCAGCGGCUGUCGUGUGAAACGUCACGUCACCCACGGACGCGGUUCGUGACCCGCGACCGCAUGACUUUCUUACAGACCGACCUCUUGUGCAAGCCACUUGACGAAACCGUGACAGCGACCCUGCCCCCCCUGCCACCAGUACUAGCCCCACACACCUGCCCCUGCCACCAGUACCAGCCCCACACACCUGCCCCUGCCACCAGUAACAUCCUCACACACCUAACCCUGCCACCAGUAACAGCCCCACACACCUACCCCUGCCACCAUAACAGCCCCACACACCUACCCGUCACCAGUAACAGCCCCACACACCUGACCCUGCCACCAGUAACAGCCCCACACCUACCCCUGCCACCAGUAACAGCCCCACACACCUGUCCCUGCCACCAUAACAGCCCCCACACACCUGCCCCUGAAACCAGUAGCAGCCCUACACCCCUGCCCCUGAAAUCAGUAGCAAGCCCACACACCUACACCUGCCACCAAUACCAUCCCCACACACCUACCCCUGCCACCAGUAACAGCCCCACAUACCUGUCCCUGCCACCAGUAACAGCACCACACAUACCUGUCCCUGCCACCAGUAACAGCCCCACACACCUACCCCUGCCACCAGUAACAGCCCCACAAACCUGUCCCUGCCACCAUAACAGCACCACACACCUGUCCCCUGCCACCAGUAACAGCCCCACACACCUGUCCCCUGCCACCAGUAACAGCCCCACACACCUGUCCCUGCCACCAGUAACAGCCCCACACACCUACCCUGCCACCAUAACAGCCCCCACACCUGCCCCUGAAACCAGUAGCAGCCCUACACCCCUGCCCCUGAAACCAAUAGCAAGCCCACACACCUACACCUGCCACCAGUACCAGCCCCACACACCUACCCCUGCCACCAGUAACAGCCCCACAUACCUGUCCCUGCCACCAGUAACAGCCCCACAUACCUGUCCCUGCCACCAGUAA